AGUCGCCCCGCGUUCGUCACGAUGGGUUCGUCUCCGACGAAGCAAUUGUUGACUGAAGAUCUUUUGGAAGAUUAUACGUCGCUCACUUAUUUGACUAAGGGUGAGAUAUAUCACCUCAUGAAAAAAUUUCAUUCGAUCGAUCCGGAGAAGGUAAACGCCAACUUUUCGCACAGAUUCAGCCGCCAGGAAAUUAUUAACAAGUUUGAGGUUUUAAAAAACAACCCAUUUCAAGAUCGACUAUUCCGGGUAUUUUCUUCUGAAAAUGACAACCGAUUCUCCUUCGAAGAUAUCCUGGAUCUCUGCUCCGCCAUGAGCGCGGCCUGUCCGUCGCACGUUAAGGCCGCUUGGGCGUUUAGGAUUUUCGAUAUCGACGAAGACAAUCAAAUAAACGCAACCGACAUAUGCCAGAUUGUGGACCGAUUGACUCGAUACUCCGAUAAUCGCAAUGACAGUCUCGAUCGCGAUUCUAAAAUGAAAAUUGCUAACAUUAUAUUAGAAGAGAUCAAGUUGGACUUCACCGGAGGCAUCGGCCUUUCGGAGUUUGUUUUUAUUUUGUCGAGAAUACCUGAAUUCUCCAGUUCCGUCUAUUUUAGAAUAUGAGAUAAAGUUUAAAUGAUA